CUGCUGCAUGUUAUGAACCUGAUUCUGAUGGUAACAACCCACCCAUAGCCAGCUGGUUGCCUGUGUUAUUGUUUUGAGCCGGGCAGAAGAGACGAGCUCUGCUAACUUGGUCCUGCUCCCAGUAUACAGCCAACUCUCGAUCGCUUAACAUUCACACAACUCUCACUCGCGCAAAACUAGGACUCUCGAUAACUUCUUCUUUGCCAUCCCAAUUUCCAUAACUCUCACCGACGACGACCUGCACUCCUGUUCGUAACGCUACAAAGUCGUCUCUCUUCUGGAAGCCUGACACUCGUCACGAAAGUGGAAGUUCAGUAGGAGAAAGUGGUCCGUGUAAAUCACCACUAUUCCAAUUUUGUAACUGGGGAAAUGAGUCCCAGAAUGGAAAUUUGGAAACAAACUACCUGGUUUCACUCGCGUAUUAAUUUGUGGAAGACAAUGCUCUUCUUAUCGGACCUUUGUGUGUAGUAGUGGUCAAACUGUUAAAAUUACAAAAAAAGAGAAAGUCAAAACAUCAAAGUUACUGAAAAUAAAGAAAGUCAACAAUUUAAACGGUCCAUAAAUUCAUUUCAUUGUGAGGAAAUUUGCCGGUUUUUCGGAAAACGAGGAUAAACCUAAAUUGGAACAGUUUUGGAAAGAUUGAUACGGAAAUUCGGAUAUCUGCACUUUCCUAGUACAAAUCCUAGCUGAUCCAGUCCAAUAUAUUCAUCUAGUGCUACCAGCACAGUGUUCAUGAACCAAUCAACUACCGCUGUUGCUGUCUCAGAGUCUUAUUAACCACUCAAUUUUCAUACGCACAAUAAUAAGCCAUUAUUACAAAGAGAGAGGCUCAAUAAUCUCUGACAAAGCAAGUAAAUAUUCAAAUCCAGCCCCAUCAUUAUUGAGACCGAGGGUGUUACCAUGUCUGCGGGAAAGCGCCUAGCGAAGAGGUCGAUUGUGGGGACGCGGAUCUGCGCCCCAAUGCGGGAGACCAGUCAGUACAGCCCCGGAGUGAUAAUUGGGUCAAAAAACCCGGACGAACUCCAUUGCUUUAACAACUGCCACACCGGAAUCACACCCAACAGCAAAUACGUGGUUCGCUUCGAGACUGGAGAAACCAGGGAAUUUUCCGAGAGCGAACUCGUCGGUCCAGGAUUUGGCAAUGUUUCAAGCCUCAAGCUCCGGACAGGUCAGAAAGUGUUUGUCACCCACAACGGGCGAGAAAUUUCUGGCAAUGUGGUCUAUCACCGGCCUCAGAUUGACGAAGUUCUUAUCAACAUCCCUCCAACGCCCGGUUCUAAUGAGAUUCCUUUCGAUGUAACCAAGAAGUUGGAUGAAGUUCGCUUGUUGGAAUCAAGGAAAUCUGCAAGACUCCAGGAGCAGGAUUUCGACUUUGCCAGACUGGUAGCUGACCGGAAACGUAACCAACAAACUGCUUCGAUUGACGUCCCACGGAGUUCCACUAUGUCGAGAAAACGACGACCCAGUUCAGGAAGUCUUUUCCAACCGGUCAUGCUCCAAGCUGGCGGAGAUGGCGAGAUGGACGAGUGCGCUGCUGCAUUGGUUCUCAUGAGUCUCCAUUCUGGCAGUCCCAAAUCUCCACAUUGGGUGGACAACAAUGUUGGAAUGAUCUCAUCUUCCUGGAGCUCAUCAAGCUCAUCGGGUGCUUCUUCAUGGUUCGGCAGCGCUUCAAACCAGAGCGUGGUGGGAAGUUUGGGCGCCGUGUCAUCCCCGGGCGAACUCCACUUCAACUCCAACAGUCCCACCCCGUCCUCCUCGGACGAGGGGGUCGAGAGCGACAUCGGGGACUGGGAAGAACCGAGACGCAAGCGGAAGAAAAUCUUCAAGUGUACUUUCCCUGGCUGCACCAUGAUCAAGGAACGCUGCUUGGACAUUGAAGGACACGUGAGAGCUGCUCAUUUAGGAGGAAAUCAAAGUAGUGCCGACGAUCGGGAGGAAGAGUUUUAUUACACGGAAAUAGAAGUGUCGCUUGAUCUCCCCUCGUCACCGGCGUCUUUUGGUGGAUCCUCCUCCAACGGACUUGGAAUGGCUUUCUCACCAACAAUGUCUCACAUGGACAUGGCUCGUCCAUGGUCACAAGACCCAGAGUACAAAUUGAAUCAGCAGCAGCUUCAGUUGCAACAUCAUCAACGCAAAUCUCCCAGUGGAAAUACUCAUCUAAAUCCCAAGAAGCGAGCCUCCCCAAAAUCCAGCCCAGUUCGCAGACCGAGAGGCGAUACAAAGAAAUGCAGAAAAGUUUACGGGAUGGAACGUCGUGAAAAUUGGUGCACUCAGUGCCGAUGGAAAAAAGCCUGCACCCGGUUUGGCGACUAGUAAAGUAGCCCAGUUUCUGCUUCAAAUCGUCAUUCAAACUUCUCUGAGAAUGAUUGAUUCGAAUCAACCAACAUCCGUGUGGACCGAGUAUCUUACGUGGUAGUUUUACUAUUAUUUGUUAAGUUGGAGCUUAUAUAUGUACAUGUUAAUCAUCAGAUUAUCUAGAUUAUUUUACGUUAGCAGAUAUCGUGUUAGAUUAUUUUAAGAAUACUUACGAAGAUACGGCUACACGCAUAAUUUAAUAAGUUGUCUCAUUUGCCAAAAUUAUGGUGACAGGAUCUGCCUACACGCAUACAUAUAAUACGCAAGUCGGUAGGCCAACUCAUAUGUAUGCAGUUCCAAGAAGGCAUGCAAAAGUUCCAAAAAAGGAGUCGCACAAAAAUCCCUAAAAUGAUAUACCAUCGGAUAGUAUUUUCUAACGAUAAGGCAGAGAUGGAAAGGAUCAGAGGCUUCAUUUUUUAAAGAACGAAAUCAAGCAUACCAAACCAAAACCACCAAAAUAGUCAGUCAUUAUCCAUGUGGCAACUUUUCGGUGAACUCAAAUUACCAAACAAUUCGAAACAAAGACCUCUCUUGAGUCUUACAUAAAUGUAUCAAUGCAGUCAGUGAGUGACUUCCUUCUCUAAUUUCAUGCUUAAAAGUCAAUACAAGCCAAAACUGCCGACUGAUGAUGAUAACUCCUCCUUAAAAAUGCUGCCGAACAAUCACUUUCUUCUUGGACUUUACAUUUCCUGAGGAGAAAAAAAUCAGCAAAAGAAAGAGCAUCUAUGCAGGAAGUAGACAGCUUAUAUUAUUUAGUGUUGCAUUUUGCAUGUAUUUUCCAUCACGAGGUUUUUUCAAAAUUCUGGUUUAGUCAUUUUGUACUCGUUUUUUUACAAAUAAAUGAUUCACAUUGCAACUGGAUUAUCGAUGAAUUGUGGCCUCACCAUAAGCACGUUCGUUCGUGUACAACUUAUGUAAGACAAUGAUAUUCUCCAGUCUUAAACAAUAUGAAAAGUAAAUCAAAGCAGAGUUUGAUAGCUGCUCUCGCACCAACUUCUUUCUCCACACAGUCAGUCAUGUUUCACUCAAAAGAUGCAAUCCAAUUCCAAAAAUAUCUCAAGACAUUGUCGAAAUAAUAGCGGAACAUGAGUUGCGACUGCUGGUGAGAAAAGAAAGAAAUUCCAAUCUUGGUUCCAGCGCAAAUGGCCAAGACUCAAAAGUUCAAUCACAUAUGCAAUUUAUUCCAUGAAUCCAAUAAAUGCAUGGCUCUAAUCUAUAAAUUAGCAAUUACUACAUAAUAAUCGGAAUACAAGGAACUAUGAUGCUCUAAAUUUUAUAUAUGUGGUGUAUAUUUCAAAUGUAAUUCGCUACCAGUAAUUGUAAGUCAAAACAUAGCUAAAUCUGUAGAUUGCAACUGCGUACUCAUUGCAAUUAUUAUUAUUAUUAUUAUUAGUCCAGUUAGGAACAAGUUGCUUGUUAAAGAAAACGCACAUAUUAGCACAUGCAUAAUAAUGUCCACUAAAUUAGAGGAAAGGCCCAUCAAUGCUAUUCAUACAUAUUUUCUGCUUGCUCUUCAAAUUCUGUUGAACUUUGGUCAUUAUUCAUUUAUGCCAUAUUCACACAAUAACCACACAUUUGUUGCACCAGACACGAGGCCAACGCAAAUAUAAAAACAUCCUGGUGGCGUUUCGAAAUUGGUCAAAGUUGCAAAAGUUAUUAUGACUAUAAGUGUGUCUCGUUUGCAAUUUAUAUACAUAUUUUUUAAUUGGAGCAACUAAUUGAAUUUAUUAUUAGCCUAAGUUUUUUUGACAUUGUGCAAUCGUGCCUCAUUGUGUAUUGCAAAUUUUAAAUGAUAACAAUUUUUAUUUUAUUUGUUUUUAAACUCACUACAUAUUAUCAGCAACUUUCAUAAAGUGCUCGGCUGGCCUGGUGCAAUAAUGUUGAUUCUCUUCUCCGGAAAGUCUGCUUGAUUCUUUAUUAUCCUUUUUUCCCUUGGAUGAUUUUACUGAAUUUCCGAAUUGUGCAUCUCAAAUAAUGUACCGCGUGCCAGUUUUAGAAGAAGUGAUAUCAGCCACACCCUUGUUUAGUUAAUAAAGUAAAUCUCAAUUGAGGAGAGGUACACGUAUUUAACCUUAUGCCAAGUACACAAGUCGAAAUAAAUGUCUCUCUGCCAGAUGUAUGAGAAGUAGUUCUGGCCAGUAGAAGAACUUUCCCACAAGUUGCAGAAAUAAAUGAACGCAUUUUUUAUUAUACGGAUUUAGGAAUUAGUAUUACAUAAAUGAUAGGGUUGACUGUUUAACGUUGAUGAUUAGGUUGAUUGUUGUAUGGUUUGAUAUUAAAUAUUCCAAUAGUUUGAGCUGGAAACGGUAUCUGAGGAGAUGGCUCGUACUUGAGAUUUGCAUCAAGAGAUCAUGUUGGAAUUACUGAGAUGAUUACUGGACACGACGAAGUAUGUGUAUCUUGUAGGAAGGACCUGGGUUUGUUACGUUGUUUAUUCCAUAAGCUGCUUUGUUCAUACAGUCCCUUUGGUGAGUACCAUCUUGUUGUGUUGCACUUCAGUAUAUGAAAUAUGUUCACGUUGGUCAUGCGGAAGUAUUAAACAAAAUUUCAUUUUGAAACCUUUAGCAUAGAAUUUACCAAAAGAAACUUUCUACCUGUUAAUCGUGCUAGUGAAGAAGCAGUAAAUUAGAUGAUCAGAUAUUAGAGAUCUACAUAGAUACCUUUACCACUUAUUGAUUGACCACCCAUAACCCAACCAGUGCAGUAUAUUGUUUCUACAAUAAGCUGGACAUGCAUACUUGCAGACGACCGAGAUAGAAAGAGAGAGAUGGAAUCCGGAUCGAAUAGAUCAAUAGAUUGAUUAAUUUGGUUUUGAAUUGCUUGUGUUACUGUGACUAAAAAAAGUUAAAUGAGUAAACCACAACUAUCCAAAGUACAAAAUUACUAUACAAAAUUAAUGAUGCCAGGAUUAAAAGUAGAAUACUUAAAGUCGACAAAGGUAAUAAGCAAGUCAAGUAAGUACAUACAUAAAUAUAUUUAAAAAUCUGAGCUACCUUACUUUAAGGUGGCGUAAUUAAGUAAAAGUAUGCAUAAACUUGGGUUUGGUUCGGAACUAAUAGUUGAGUCACUUUAGGGUACACACAUAAUAUACAUAAAUACGCGUAAUCGUAAUACUGUGGAUAGACAUAUUUUAAUGGUGUAGUUUAAGAAGACAAAUAAACCCACUCGGAAUUUUUAUGCUGAUAUCCGAUUUUCGUCCGUGCGGUCCCUUCAAAGAUCUGUAAAGUCGGUUUCAUUUCGAUUUCAGACUUUCCCAUAUUUAAAGUUUGUGAUAGGAUAUUUUAUUAUGGAGAUAGAAACUUAUAUUUCAGAGAAUCUUGACGUUUAUAUUGAUGAUAAAUUUUAAUAAUGAUUCCUUUCCUGGAAAAAAUCUUGAAUUUCUCUCAUCUGUGUACAAGGUAAAUAUGAACCUUUGAAAAGUUGAUUUUUUAUUAGAACUCCCUUUUAUAUACAGUUACAAGCGUUACAUUAGAAAUUCGCAUUUUAAUGUUUUGAUAUUUUUUUAUGACGAAGCAUACGCACCGGUUCAUCCUCUUGCAUAUGUACAUAAUUAUUAUUGGACAUCAUAUUUUAUUCUUAUUAUUAUUUGCACGUACAUAUGAAUUACGUUAAGGAGGAUCAUGCUAAAUAGCAGUGAAGGCUUAUAUAUUUUAGUCGUGUCGGUGAACCGAGUGGAUUGAGUUAUUACACAUUAUUACAAAUACAGAAUGGAUAAGCUAGUGAUUGAUAAGUUAUUUACAUAAGAUGAUGCCAACUGUCUUGCAAUUGGCCAUUUAUUUUAAGAUUAGAAUAAUAGAUAAACUACAAAUCUGCGAGGAAUGUAUGUUUGUUUGGAAUGUGAUAAAUUAGGGAAAUGGUUUGAACGGUAGGAAAGAGGAAUUGCAUACAUUACAUAAACUACAAACGAUGAAGAUACUCUGAACAUAUUCUGUUAGUUCAAGUGUAAUAAAGUAUACUAGGACAAUGAAAUGAACGAUAAAAUAAUGGGUAAAGUGAUGAAUUGGAUCUGGAAAACGGGAAAAUGAUCACCUGCUCUUUUGAACUGUUGGAGUAGUGGCAUCACAAAAGAAAUUGAUCACUCGUUACUGGACUCUAGAUGACGACGACAAAGAAGAGAGCAAGUUGGGUAUAAGUUAAGAUAAGCAAUGCAAAACAUUAUAGGCAUUAAUAUUACUGAUGAUGGCGAUGAUGGUGAAAUAUUCUGUAUGUAUAUAUGUAGGAGAGUGCUAAUGGUAAUAAUAUUUAGAGUGCAUGUAUGCAUGGUAAAAAUCCAGCUAGAAGAACAAAGAAAUGCAACGGUUGCAAUUACAAAUACAUACAAAUACCUUUGACGAUUUAAUCAUACUAUGUCUUUCCGCUGUGUAAUAUCCUGAAUGAAAAUAAUCAUUAGAAUAGAAUUUUUGUAAUUAGUUGGGCAAACACGUUUUAUUUGAUAUCAUUUAUUUUAUCGUUUUAAUCGAAAAGCUUGAAAUAUGGCAAAAACUGCGGCCUAGAUUUAUGAGAGCGAAGUAAGAAAACUGUAUUAGACCAACAACAUUGUAAACUAUACCAAAACAUUUCGGUUCUAUAUAUUCGGACAUCGCAAAGUUUUAAAUUUCCAUCACUGUAAAUGUACGUAACGUAAAGUUUAGUCUAUUUUUUAAUAUUGAUUGUUGAUCCUAUUGGAGAUGUGGUAUUGAAAUGAAAGGUACAAAUAAUUAUAUUAUUUUAACAUUGAGCGAUGAUGGCGUUGUAUUGAUAAGAAGCGAAUUUAAAAAAAGUGUGGAAUGAUCAUGAAGAAAGUUAAGAAAUAAAAUCAAACUGACCGGUUCACCGAGGUGUAUGUAUUAAAUAAAUAGUUGUUGUACUACAUGCAAUUUAUUUCACUUCUUUAUAAAACUCGUACAAUAAUUAUUACGGAUUACAAUUCCCUAACUUAAGACUCACCGACAAACCCUACCGAAUAAUUACGGGACAAGAAACCAUAGCAUAAGAUGAACCUACCGUUAAUAUACAUACACAUAUAUUAUACAUACAUAUAUACAUAUAUAUAUAUAUUACCGAUAUCAAUGUGUGGUGUAUGUGUACAUGUUUAUUUGUUUGUGGUCUGUAUUAUUACGUAUGAGUACGACAAAGGAUAUAAAUACAUAUAACCGAAAUAAAUAAAACUCUUGAUAAUGAAAA